AUGUCACUAAGUCCAAAUUUCCUUGUUAAUGUAGUUCAUGAAGACCCUUUUUUGUCUCAUGCGUUAAACUAUAACAACCUUUGUAUCUUUCCAUAUCUUAGCAACCUUUAUCCACCUGAAUUCAUUGACUUGCAAACAAAGAUGGAAAUAAUUCUUUCUUGCAUACGGUCAUCUGCGUUGAUGCUAAUAUUACUGCUUUCUAUCAGCAAUUUAUCAGAUUGCUAUGACCCUUUGGAUCCAAAUGGUAACGUUACAGUUACUUUCGAUGUCCAUGAUCGGAGAAGUGAUGGAUAUGUGGCAAGGGUAACUAUCCAAAAUUACUAUCAGUAUCGCCAUGUUGAUAAACCAGGUUGGAAUAUUGGGUGGUCAUGGACCAACAAGGAGAUCAUCUGGUCAAUGUUUGGUGCAUUCGCCACCAAGCAAGGCGAAUGCUCAUCCAUGACGUACCCAGGCGCUCACUCUUGCAUGCCAAACCCUGUCAUUGCUGACCUCUUGCCAGACUCCCCAUCAGUGAACAUGUCUGAGAAUUGCUGCCAUGGUGGCCUUCUUUCUGCCUGGGCCAUUGAUCCUCUGAGGUCAUUCUCCUCCUUUGAAAUGACAGUUGUUAACUUGGAUGGGAAUUCUACUAUCCAUCCACCUGCAAACCUUACAUUAUUGGCACCAGGUCCUGGUUACAGUUGUGGCCCCGUUUUGGAGACGGAACCCACAGUCUCUUCCGAUAUUGGGGGUAGAAGACAAGUUCAGGUUUACAAAACGUGGAAAUCAACAUGCACUUACUCCACUUUUUUGGCAAACAAAACACCCGGUUGUUGUGUCUCGCUUUCGGCAUUCUAUAAUCCUAAAAUCACAGCAUGCCCUGAGUGCAGCUGUGGAUGCAGAGAUGCAAACCAAAGUACUGUUCCAUGCAUAAGCAGUGAAGGUGAUUCCUCACCACUAUCAGAUGUGAAAAACGCAGAUAUAGUGCAAUGCACUGAUCAUAUGUGCCCAGUCAGAGUUCAUUGGCAUGUGAAAAACAAUUAUAUGGAUCACUGGAGAGUGAAAAUUACAAUCUCUAACUACAAUUAUAAGAGAAAUUACUCAGACUGGAAUGUGUUAGUACAGCAUCCUGGUUUGAGGCAGAAAUCAACUACAUUUAGCUUCAACAGUACACUGCUCCCUACUGUUGGGUUUGAAGUUGAGGUUGCCCUCUUUUGGGGUCUGCAGGCUUACAAUAAUGAACUGUUGCAAGCUGAUAAGCAGCAACUGGGCUCGGUAACGACAGAGGUGCUCUUGGAAAAGGAUUCAGACACGUUCACGUUAAGAAACGGAUGGGGCUUUCCUCGAAGAAUAUUAUUCAGCGGCGAGGAGUGCGCAAUACCUCUUCCAGACACUUACCCUAUGCUACCAAACGGUAGCUCCCGCACAAAACCCCCUCAUUAUCUUUCCCUCCUGCUUCUAAUCUAUAUGACUUUCAAAACACUGGUUAAUUGUCUCUGA